AUGGCACAGUGGCAUUCGUUGAGGUACUGCGGGGCGCUGCAUCAUCCCCGAUCUCACAACCCCACCCCACGGUCACUGGAUCCACGCACCGCCGAGUACCCGCCAGAAAAUCACACCACCAUGGCGGAUCAAAACCCCAUUUCUGCGAAAACAAAACAACGGUUGGGCCAGAAGGGUCCACGACAGCUCUCCACACAUCCCGGUUGGCGUCAUCACGAUGGACCACGCACACACAAACAGAGGGAGAGAGGACACCAAGAAGAAAACCGAACCGAUCAAAUACAAAAAGAAACCAUCCAGUCAACAAACACCCACACACAAACGUACAUCGUCUCUCCGGUUAUCCUUACUUCCAUGGCAAUUCUCCUCACGAUACCGGUUGGCAACAGCGCAUUUACAGAAGCACCAACACCAUAA